AUGGAGGAAACCCCGGAGGAGAGCCUAGAUGGCUCCUCUAUAAAACCGGUAUCCUCUCUGCGCUCACACUUCGAGCAGAUGGCAACCUCGAAACCUCCCACGCUAGGACUCAGGUCUCUCUCUCCCCAGCCCACGGGUGGCAGUGUUAGUGGCAGUAGCAGAGACCCCGCCAGGCCUGGCUCUGCGCGUUUAGAGGGUGUUGCGUUUGGGGAAGGUCCUCGAACUGGCAGAUUAAGAGAGAAUGAGGCAGCAGAGAAUGGACUUCGACCGCCUCGAAGGGACCCCUCCAACUUGUCCCCAUCCCCUACAAGGACCUUGCGGCUAAGACCCGUGUCUACGAUUACUGCUCCUGCUCCUGCCCCUCCAGCGGUUACCGUUGAACCGCCUCAGUCACCUCCCAAGUCGAGGACGUUGAACCUGACACUGUCGAGCACCCCUUCUUACCUGUCAACGGAUACGCCUUUAUCGGCUGUUUCAGGAGGCUCUUCGCCAAGGAAUUUCAGGAUUCCCAGCAGACCCGGGACUCCUCUUCUGGAACCGAGAAAAUCUCCCAAACUCUCAGCCUCCACACCUCCAUCCCCACCCCCACCAAGAAGGUCAGGCGAACUCCGACGAGAUGCCUCCUUUAAAGUCCCCCCUCCCGUCAACCGGGCAGAGAAGCCUAAGAUUGCGAGCAAGCUUAUGGCUCUGACAUCCCGCACUGAAGCCACUACGCUCGAACCUGGUCCACCUCGUUCAACAGACAGAUCUUCUCCAUUCAGUACUCCUCCGAGCAGUGGAAGCAAUAGCUGCCCUGAGCAUGAGCUUCCUGCACCCGCCAUGCCGAGGCGACCUACGCCUGCCGCUGAGAAUAAUGUCAUGACGGUGACAACAUUUGAGCCACCUCCAGUGCACCAUUCCCUGGUCAGCAGGAGGAGGAACCAGGAGACGAAUGGCAUUGGUCGGGCUAUUGUAUCCGAAGAAGAACAGAGACCUGCUCUACCAUCUAGACCCCCGACCAUAUCGGAAACGACAAAACCAACCCCUAGGGCUAUUCAGGCCUCAAUGAUGCCGCCCCCACCGCGUCCCUCUAUGGACAGAUCUAGACCGGUUGUGGCUACCACAGAGAGCGUGGGACCCACAUUUGCCCCUCCCCCUAAACGAGUCUUCUCAACGCCUAUCAACCAACUACAGCCACCUGCAAGGUCCCAUGGGAGGUCAAUGACUGUUGAUAGAACUUCUGAUAGAACUCCAGCCGAAUUUCGAGCUCCCAUCACCUCGACCAUGCCUCGCCUUGAUGGAAGUUCACAAUUUGAUCCGCCGCCUACAACCACUGUUAGAGCCGCACAACCAACCAUACAGCCCGUUGUGGGAGAUUAUCCAGAUCCAUCUCAUUCGAACCGGCGUCCGCCACACUUCAAGCAAGGUGCACACGAAAUAUCUACCAAGUAUGACACAAGAGUUCUUGAUGUUUGUGGAGAGUUCGUUGUCACAUCUGGCCAUGUCACCAAAGUCUUUAGUGUCCUCACCGGUGAUAUAGUCAUGAGUUUACCUCAUAUGGAGCCCACCAGAAUCCUCUCGAUCAUCUUCAAGCCAGCUUCAAAUGUCGAGGACGAAGGCCUUCGAUUGUGGAUUGGCAGCAACACUGGCGAACUUGCAGAAAUCGAUGUCAACACUGCAGAUGUUCUAUCGACAAACAACAAUGCGCAUACACGUCGAGAGAUCGUCAAGAUGUACAGACACUUGAAUGAAAUCUGGACUCUUGAUGAUACGGGAGGCUUCACCUUGUGGGGACCCGAUGAAACAGGCAACCCGACACUGACAAAAUCCACCAACGCAAACCGACUUUGGAAGACCCAUACCUUCUCUAUGAUCGUUGGUGAUGAAUUAUGGCAUGCUGCAGGCAAAGAUAUACGGGUGUACCAUCCAACGCUCGACGGUUCGGCUCGAUUCAAUGUAGUGGAUGUCCCCAUGUCUCAACCUAGUGCCGGUGAUAUUACCUCGGGAACCACUACUAGCUCUCAGCCUGAUAGAGUGUACUUUGGUCAUAUGGAUGGGAAGGUCACCAUAUACUCCCGGAAGGAGUAUGCAUGUGUCGGAGUGGUCAAUGCGAGCAUGUACAGAAUCUCUUCCCUUAUCGGUGUUGGUGGGAAUAUCUGGGCAGGAUUCAGCACGGGCAUGGUCUAUGUCUACGACACAACUCAAACACCGUGGGUUGUGAAGAAGGAUUGGCAUGCUCAUAAAGAUCCUGUGAUUAAAUUGCAUGCCGAUCCGAGUAGUUGUUGGAGCCUCGACCGAACGCAGGUCAUCUCUCUUGGCCAAGAUAACAUGUUGCGAGUCUGGGAUGGCUUGCUGCAGGACGAUUGGAUAGAAACCCAAAUGCAAUCUCAGGAAAAGGAAUUCUGCGACCUCAGCAAUAUCAAGGCUCUUGUGAUGACUUGGAACGCUGGUGCAACGACGCCAUGGCAUCUCCAGCAGAAAGAUCAAGAUAACACCUUUUUCCCUAACCUCCUUCAAGCUAGCAACUCACCCGAUAUACUUGUUUUUGGAUUUCAAGAGCUUGUUGAUCUCGAAGAUAAGAAGACGACAGCAAGAAGUUUUUUCAAAUCCAAGAAAAAGGAUCCUUCGGAGCAAGAGCACAUGAGCCACCAAUAUCGUGACUGGAGAGAUUUCCUGACACGAUCCUUGGAUGAUUGGAUGCCCAGCAACGAGCUAUACCAUCUUCUACACACUGCAAGUUUAGUUGGACUCUUCACUUGCGUAUUUGUUAAAGCGUCGUUACGAGAUCGGAUACGAAAUAUCAGUGCAGCUGAGGUGAAAAGAGGAAUGAAUGGUCUCCAUGGCAACAAGGGUGCUUUGGUAAUCCGAUUUGUUUUAGAUGACACCUCCCUGUGCUUCAUUAAUUGCCAUCUUGCUGCAGGCCAAAAUCACACAAAGGAUCGAAACACAGACAUAUCCACGAUUCUGGAGAGCUCGAUAUUGCCUGCAGAAAGAGAUCAUAGUGUCCGACAAGACAGCUAUAUUGGGGGUGGUGAUGGAACCAUGAUCCUUGAUCAUGAGAUAUGUAUCUUGAACGGAGACUUGAAUUAUCGCAUCGACGCCAUGGGGAGAGACACGGUCGUCACUGCCAUCAAGAACAAGAACUUCGGCAAGCUACUUGAAAGAGAUCAAUUGCUCGUAUCCAAAAGGAGAAAUCCGUGGUUCAAGCUACGAGCCUUCCACGAGUUACCAAUCACCUUUGCGCCUACCUACAAGUAUGAUGUGGGGACGGAUAAUUAUGAUAGCAGCGAGAAGAAGCGGGCGCCUGCAUGGUGUGAUCGAUUAAUGUAUCGGGGUCGGGACCGUAUCAAGCAGUUGGAUUACCAACGGCACGAAGUUCGAGUCUCGGAUCACAGGCCAGUGACCGGGUCUUUUCAGAUCGUUAUCAAGACUAUUUCGCCGAAAAGACGUGCGAUGAAAUGGGACGAAUGUCAAAGACGUCUCGCAGAGAGGAAGGAGAAGUUUUCACAUGAAGCAAAACUCGAAUACCUCACCCGUGUUGUUGGGUAUAAUGUUGGAGAUAGCAAAACAUUGAUCCUUCAAAAGGAGGGUCGAUAA